GGUACACCACCACAGGAAUAUGCUACUUCGCAUUUUACAACUUUCUUUUCUUCCAUUUCUGAUUUGUUUUGGAUUGAAGUCAAAUGAGAAAGACGACUAUAUUUUUCAAGAGGAUUCAGUCCACGAACUUUUAAAUACUCCAGAUAGUCAUACAUUUACAACACAGCAGCUAAAAACUAUUCUUACGGCUUUUCAAAAGGACUAUUUAACUCGAAUUUCAAAACUCCAGAAUGAUUUUGAACUCACUCUUCGUCACCAGGAAAAUCGCAUUCAAAGCCUAGAGAAGAAAACAGCCGAACAAGAGAGAAUUAUUUCCACUUUGCAGCAUGAUGUUUCUGCAGUCAGUCCAAACCAAAAGCCGUCAAACAGCCAUAUGCAUGAAAAAAAAGAAAGCUUGAAAAGCAAGGAUGACCCCACCGGAGAAGUCAACGUGACUGAUGCUUUCUCUACAAAUGAUGUACCUGGGAAUUUAGAAAACAAGGAUGUCAGUAUCCUCAAAUCCAAACAACAUGAGGGAUUUGGAAGAAAAGAAAGAUUGUUAAUCCCAGAUGUUCCAGGAGCAGUUGUUGCCUUCUACGCGUACAUGUCUUCUGACCUACCCAGUAAUGUAGCAACUCCUCAUCACGUGCUUAUUUUUGACCACGUGAAAACAAAUAUUGGUAACGGGUAUCAUCCUUCCACUGGGGUAUUUAUAGCACCCGAGACAGGGGUCUACGUAUUUAUAUGGACUUUUAGAAAUGCCGAUGGUGGAGUUCACUCUACACAGCUCAUGAUAAAUUCAGAAGAGUGGGGGAAAAUAGAAGGUCGCACUCCUUCACACGAUAGCCUCCAGUCCACGGGUUGUGUGGUGGCCCAUGUAAAUAAGGGCGAUGACGUCUUUGUGAAAACGUCAGAUUCUAGCUCGGGAUAUAUUUAUAGCAAUAUUUAUGGUAAAACCCCAUUCUCUGGAUGGAAAAUUGAUUAAAGGCAGAACUAGAUAGUUUUGUUUUCAUGAGAAAGAUCCGUUUUUGGUGUUAAUUUCCCUAACAUUU